GGCGGCGCGCAUCAUCUCCUUUCUGUGAGCGGGCGCGAGCGUCGGGAUCCAAGGACAGACCAUGAGCAUCAGGUCAUCCGAAAGUCCACCGACCAAUAUAGCGUAAAAAACGACAUACAAAGGAGACGUGGGUGGGGAAAAAAAACAAACGACCGGACAACGAACUUUGUCGAAUGGGCCGAGGCUGCGAGGACACAGUGAAUCAACAGGACAAGAGCGGCUCCACGGACACACGCCAUGACAGACAAGUACGUGUGAUUCCCCCGGUGAACCACCGUGGGUUAUCACCGUUAGAAAAAAAAACGGAAAGCAGAGCUUAGGACCAAGGUCACAGACUGACGGGAGCAACAUCGCCGUGAUUGAAAUCAAUCAACAGGAGAGUGAAAACCCUUGCUGCUGUGACGGAAUCCACAGUUGUGGGCUUCUCGUGUCAACACCAGCCCCGGAAUAAAGAUAAACAACAACACUUGGAAUCAUGGAGCUGCGUAGCAUGCUGCUGCUCACUGUACUACAGUGCUGCUCGGUGGCCCGCGGCGGCUGCGAGCCUCGGCUGGUGGACAUCGGCGCCGUCCUGAGCCAAAAACGUUACGAGCAGGUGUUCAAGGAAGCAGUGAGCCAGGCCAACGCUCUGUACGGGAAGGACAAGUUCAAGAUGAACGCCAUCUCUGUUACACACAAGCCCAACGCCAUCCAAAUGGCCCUGUCUGUGUGUGAGGACCUCAUUUCCAACCAGGUCUACGCCAUCCUGGUGAGUCACCCGCCUCAGUCCAAUGAUCACCUGACUCCGACGCCCGUUUCCUACACCGCCGGGUUCUACAGAAUUCCCGUGGUCGGCCUGACGACAAGAAUGUCGAUUUAUUCUGACAAGAGCAUCCACCUGUCGUUCCUGAGGACCGUUCCCCCGUACUCCCACCAGGCCAACGUCUGGUUCGACCUGAUGAGGGAGUUCAGGUGGAACCACAUCAUCCUGAUCGUGAGCGACGACCACGAGGGCCGCGCCGCUCAAAAGAGACUGGAGACGCUGUUGGAAGAGAAAGAGACCAAGACUAAAAUCAGGAACUAUGAAAGCAUCGACCCACAGAACUUUGACUUCAGGAGAACACCUAAGGCAGAAAAGGUGCUGAUGUUCAACCAGGACACCAACCUGACGGCGCUGCUGCUCGAGGCCAAGGACCUGGAGGCUCGAGUCAUCAUCCUCUCUGCCAGUGAGGAUGAAGCCGCGGCCAUGUACAAAGCGGCCCGUCAGCUCAACAUGACUGGCUCCGGUUAUGUGUGGCUGGUCGGAGAAAGAGAGAUGAAUGGAAAAGCUCUGAGUGAAGCUCCAGAUGGACUGCUGGGCCUCCAGCUAAUCAACGGUAAGAAUGAGUCGGCUCACAUCGCUGACGCUGUGGCCGUCGUCGCUCAGUCUCUGCAGGAGUUAUUCGAGAAGGAGAACAUCACAGAGCCGCCCAGGGGCUGUGUGGGUAACACCAACAUCUGGAGGACCGGACCGCUCUUUAAACGUGAGGAUGAAGCCGCGGCCAUGUACAAAGCGGCCCGUCAGCUCAACAUGACUGGCUCCGGUUAUGUGUGGCUGGUCGGAGAAAGAGAGAUGAAUGGAAAAGCUCUGAGUGAAGCUCCAGAUGAAUCAGCAGUCUCCGGGCAGACAAGACUGACAUUUGAAAUCUUCAGAGGGGUUCCUCAGAGUGUCGUACCGAUUGUGACAAUUCAUCAGGAGCCGUUCGUCUACGUGAAGCCAACCAGGAGUGACGGGACAUGUAAAGAAGAGUACAGUGUGAAUGGAGUCUUGAUCAAGAAGGUGAUUUGUACCGGACCCAACGGUACUAUACCAGGUCAGCCCACUGUUCCUCAGUGUUGCUACGGUUUUUGCAUCGACUUGCUCAUCAAGUUGGCGAUGAGCAUGAACUUCACCUACGAGGUCCACCUGGUGGCAGAUGGAAAAUUUGGCACGCAGGAGCGAGUCAACAACAGCAACAAGAAGGAGUGGAACGGGAUGAUGGGGGAGCUGCUGGGAGGUCUCGCCGACAUGAUCGUGGCUCCUCUCACCAUCAACAACGAGCGCGCUCAGUACAUAGAGUUCUCCAAACCCUUCAAAUACCAGGGGCUUACUAUCCUGGUCAAAAAGGAAAUCCCACGCAGCACUCUGGACUCAUUCAUGCAGCCGUUCCAGAGUACACUGUGGCUGUUAGUCGGUCUGUCGGUCCAUGUGGUGGCAGUGAUGCUCUACCUAUUAGACCGAUUCAGCCCGUUUGGAAGGUUUAAAGUCAAUAGCGAAGAAGAAGAAGAAGACGCCCUCACCCUUUCGUCAGCCAUGUGGUUCUCAUGGGGAGUACUGCUGAACUCCGGUAUAGGAGAAGGAGCUCCUCGGAGUUUCUCGGCGAGGAUUUUAGGUAUGGUGUGGGCAGGAUUCGCCAUGAUAAUCGUAGCAUCGUAUACUGCCAACCUGGCAGCCUUCCUGGUGCUGGAUCGGCCUGAGGAGCGCAUUACUGGCAUCAACGACCCCAGGCUGCGGAAUCCGUCAGAUAAAUUCAUCUACGCCACAGUGAAGCAGAGCUCGGUGGAUAUCUACUUCAGGCGGCAGGUGGAGCUGAGCACCAUGUACAGGCACAUGGAGAAGCACAACUACGAGAGCGCCGCCGAGGCCAUCCAAGCAGUCAGAGACAACAAGCUCCACGCGUUCAUCUGGGACAGCGCCGUGUUAGAGUUCGAGGCCUCGCAGAAGUGUGACCUGGUGACAACGGGAGAGCUUUUCUUCCGCUCGGGAUUCGGCAUUGGAAUGAGAAAAGACAGUCCGUGGAAACAGAAUGUUUCCCUGGCUAUUCUUAGGUAAAAUAAACCUUUUUUUUUAUUUUCAAAAAUAAGUAUCAGACUGAUGUCACUUUUUUUUGUUGGUGUCUUCAUGUUGGUGGCUGGUGGUAUCGUCGCCGGGAUCUUCCUCAUCUUCAUCGAGAUCGCCUACAAACGUCACAAAGACGCUCGCAGGAAACAGAUGCAGCUCGCCUUCGCUGCCGUCAACGUGUGGAGGAAGAACCUUCAGCCGUACCCGACCGACAUCACCGGCCAGCUCAACCUAUCGGAUCCGUCCGUCAGCACCGUGGUCUGAAGGAAAUGACGGCGAUGGAGAGAAAACUUCACUGCUACUGCUGAGCCUAUCACACCAGUACACACACACACACACACAGAACCACACAUACAUCAUAUGGACACACCCGUGGAAACAGGAAGGGGCCGUGUUUUCGGGUAUCCGACACACACACACACACUCCAUCCGUCAUCCCGAACCUAAAUCUCUAACCAAGUAUAAACACACGCUCACCUAGCCGCGCUUGUAGCCUUCAGCCUUAAGCCUUAUUUACCAAGAAUGUUUUGGGUUAUUUUUUUUUUAAACGAAAGAACCGAUACGGAACACUUUUAUUUUGGAACCUGCCUGUGAUAUGGUACAGAUGGCGCUGUCACAAUGAUAAAUGGCACCGAUGUUUGAAACCACCGCUGCCAGCCGUCACCCCUGAACAUAAUUCUGAAAAGUUUCCUCCCGACGUAGGAAUUAAUUAGGAACAGGUCCGUUCGGGAGCCUUUUUCUGUUACUGAUCCAGAAAAUGUAGAUCAGGAAGUUUCUCGUUGUUGGGUUCCUAUUAAGGUGGAACCUGCUGAUUGGAGUACGGUCUCUCAGAGACCUGAUGUUACGGAAUUUCCAUUUAUCGAGCCUUUGACGCAGUUGCAGACCUGACGAUUGGUAACGUUCCUGUUUUUGAAGAAACCCGUCAACGAGAAACCUUUGGUGGGAGACACAGUGAUCGGGAACAUAAGGAAAAGGAU